GCUGUUGAGAUCGGUGACAGACAGCAGCGGUAACUGCAGAUAGCUAGAUAACAGCAUGGACUAUUCUAGUCACUCAAAGUCACUGUUGGAGGAAUGAGUGCAUGAAACACUAUGGAGAAAGUUUAUGUAACGGCUUGAUCAAUUUCUGCAAAACUCUCCAUGUCUGUAUUUGGGAAAGAUCCAGGAAUUUCCCUUUUCAUGUUAUACAGAAUAGCUAACGCUGCGGAAUUUGUAGAGUAGAGUUGGUUAGCAACUUGCUAACGAAUAGGACACACCACAUCAUACAGCAUAACUGCACCAACGAGGGUGUAAUUCACGAUAAAGAACUAUCCCAACCAACAUUUGAGCUGCAAGCAACUGCUGAUGUUGCCACCUGCUGGCCGGAGUACAUGAGCACAUCCAGGGCCGGCUGUGUGUAGCUCUUGGGGAUGGGUAAUGGUGUCCAGGACCAACGGGCAGCACACACACCGGGAGAAGUGUUGCCAUCGGCCUCCUCCAGUCAUUCCGAGCCAAGACCAUCUGUCCUCAACUCCCUCCUGUCGGGCGCUCUAGCGGGUGCUCUGGCCAAGACAGCUGUAGCCCCGUUGGACAGAACCAAGAUCAUCUUCCAAGUGUCUUCCGCAAGAUUUUCUGCCAAGGAGGCCUACAGGUUGAUCUACCGGACCUACCUGAAGGAUGGCUUCCUCAGCCUGUGGCGGGGGAACUCUGCCACCAUGGUGCGGGUCAUCCCCUACGCUGCCAUCCAGUUCUGUGCUCAUGAGCAGUACAAGAUAUUCCUGGGGGGAAUAUAUGGCUUCCAAGGGAAGGCCCUGCCUCCGAUACCACGGUUACUGGCUGGCUCCAUGGCAGGUACCACAGCAGCCAUGUUGACCUAUCCUUUGGACAUGGUACGUGCGAGGAUGGCAGUCACACCCAAAGAAAUGUACGGUAACAUAGUGCACGUGUUUGGACGGAUCUCCCGGGAGGAGGGCCUGAAGACGCUGUACAGAGGCUUCACCCCCACCAUCCUGGGCGUGGUGCCCUACGCAGGCAUCAGCUUCUUCACCUACGAGACCCUCAAGAAGGUGCACGCAGAGCGAAGCGGCCGCCCCCAGCCCUACUCCUACGAGCGGCUGGCGUUCGGCGCGUGCGCGGGCCUGCUGGGCCAGUCGGCGUCCUACCCCCUGGACGUGGUGCGGCGGCGCAUGCAGACGGCGGGCGUGACGGGCCACACCUACGGCACCAUCGCCGGCACCAUGCGGGAGAUCGUGGCGGAGGAGGGCGUGGUGCGGGGCCUCUACAAGGGCCUGAGCAUGAACUGGGUGAAGGGCCCCAUCGCCGUGGGCAUCAGCUUCACCACCUUCGACCUCACGCAGAUCCUCCUGAGGAAGCUGCAACGAAUGGGCUACACGUCCCGGUGAAACCCCCCGGGAGGGGGGCCAGUGAGGCGGCCGGGGGGGGGGGGGGGGGGGGGGGAUUAAAACACGCGCUGCCUCUGGAUGGUACGGCCGUGUGGCAGGCGGGUUGUUGGAGGCGUCGGCUGGAUGCAGGGGGCCGAUGGGUCACAGAGCCUCCCCGGACCGGCUGUCGUCCGCGAGCCCGCUGUGGGGCUCUGUCAUGUGCAAUAAUUUUAAAGUCGUCCGUUUCGUUUUUCAAAGAUGUGUUACUUUCUUGUGUAUCUGCCACCUCGAUGAUGCCGAUCAACACAUUGCGCGUGUGUGUGUGUCUGUGCCACGCACCUACACCCUUUCUCGUGACGUAGGCUGACUUCGACUCAUUUGGAUGUGCUUGGCAUCUUGGAUUGUUAGCAGAUGGAUCAAUAGAGGUUACUGAUGGUAGUGUGGUUUAAUAGUGCUCUCCCUCUUGAUCGUGUUUGUUCAAUUGAGUGACAACAGGGUCAUCCAGUUGGACACAUCUGCUGUGCGAGCUGAGGAUGUCAGAGCAGUGUCACGCGUUCAAUGGUAAGGGGGGGAUAAAAUGUGUUUCAUUUGAAUUUGAUCCGAGCAUCAAAUUCAAUUGGGGGGGCUCCGUUUCAAUUCAAUUCAAAAAGCUUUAUGGCACGACCAUUGUUGUGAACAGUAUUACCAAUGCAUUAUUGAUGGAAGUAUGUUUUCUUUCCCUACGAGAGUUUUCUACUUUGUUAAUGCAUAAAAAAAUAAUAUAUAUAUAUAUAUAUAUAUUUACAAUUAGGGCAUUUAGCAGACGCUUUUAUCCAAAGCGACUUAAAUCGGUUAAUAUACACAUUGACACACCGACGGCAGAGUCAACCAUGCAAGGCAACAGCCAGCUCGUCAGGAGCAGUUAGGGUUAAGUGUCUUGCUCAAUCAACACAACAUUUUUUUAUAUACAUUGGUAGUCAAGGCGGUGCCCUAUUGUUGUUAAGGCGGCCGCCUUAACAACUCAGUGCUGGGGGAAACACUGUACUUUAUAUAAAGUGAACCCAUAUAAGGACAGUUGCUGAUGCCAUUAAUAGUUUUGACAUGGUUCAGCUUUGUUUGAUUUAAUCCUGUUCAUGAUUUUGACACUUUAAAACGUCUAGGCAGAGAAUAAUUGGCUUGAUGAAACAUUUUUCAUAACAUGACCUCAUAUCAAAUACUUAAACUAUCAAAUAGUACAAUGCCUUAUGUAAUGCAUUAUAACAUCCCACAAAAUUAUCUCAUCGGCAUCACCCUGUUUAAUUGAAGUAGUAUUGUAUAACAUUGCAUUGAUAAGACACCAGCAGAGGCUUUAAAUAUCAACCAUAGUGGCUAUAUUUGGACCAUUAAGCCUUCAGAGGACCGCUGCUCUCACUAUAGGAUGAGCAACGGGAGCAGCUGGGCCGGUGGUGAGGAAGUGAGGACCGGCUUUGUGGCGUCAGAUUCAAAGAGGGCUAGGUAAGGAAGGCCAUUUAUAAACACAUGUAUGCCAACACCAGGAAGCUUUGUGCUGGGGCCAAGGGACCUCCUACAUGUACGUAGAUUGGAGGCAUGUAUGUACCUUUUAUGGUACUAUUGUGUGUGUGUAUUUCACUGUUGCUCGAACCUGCAACCUGUGGUAGGCCGAUACAGUGUGUGUGUUGGGGUUGCAUCCUACACACACCCAAGGGGACAUGGUAUCCCCCCCCACCACCGGUCUAUGUAACUCACUGCUUUAUCAUACACUGGUAUAAGACUUGUAGAGAGAUUUGUUGAUUGUAUCUCUGCUAUAUCCAGGAAUCAAUUGAUCUAUGUCGGUACCAGACAAUAUUCCGGCAAUGUUCACAUCAGCACAAACGUUAAGGGAAGAAGACGAAAGGGCUUUACUUCAGAGUAGGUAUGGGAAGGCUUUAGGGACACAAAGGGAGCCUCCCCAAUUAUCAGCUGCCCAUCGGAGCACCCGAUGAGUGGGUCGUCUUAAUGUGGAGCCCAGCCCUCUGGUGGAUCCAGGGUCCAUCGUUGUAGCAUUACCCACGGUGGGUCGACCCUCGCCAUGUCGGCCUGAUAACAAUGCUAUGUGUGCGAUGUGUCUGCUCGAUGUUGCUACUCCUGAGUGACUGCUGGCCGUUCUGUUAUGCUGCUCUCGGUCAACGGCUGGACCUGUUCUUUUGUUUCUCGAUACUGACCUCCAAGUGCCUCAUAGGGAAUAGUAAUGAUCUUGCUAUGACUUAAAUAGUUAAUACUAAACCUAUUACCUUUUUGCAGCAGGUUGUGUUCACUUUUAUAGGCUUUUCCAGAAUUUGCUAUAGCACAGUGAUACUGACAUUUUGACAUUUAAAUAGUUAUUUCAAAUCGCUUUUGUUGUUAAUUGUACUAAUUGAGAACCCUGUUUGUGAGGUUUGUUUUUAACCUGCCUGUCUCAAUGGCAUAACAGUAAUUUAGGUGUUACGCCUGCUUGAAAUGUAACCGUAACUCUGUGUUUGCUGGAGUCUGUGUGCUGAGAGUUGGCCGGAGGGAGAUGUUGUUGUCCUCUCGUUUCAUAAGAUGCGUGUGUGUUGACAUAAGGUGAGGGACAAAGGGACAUUGCUGUCCAGCACAGGGCAAUAUUGAAAGUAUACAACAGAUGUAUAACGGCUGGUCUCAGGAGUAUUACCUAAGAACUGGAGAGUGAUUAAGACAAUCAUUAAAUGCCAAAACAAUGAUUUUCUCAUUUUUUUACAUUAUUAAUAGGCCUAUUCAAUUGUUUGCGUAAGACCAUAAAGUGGCUUAAUAUGAAAUAAUACGUAUGUUAAAAAGAUGUGUGACUUUAAAUUUUAUUUUUUGGGGGUUUGUCUAUGGUGUUCCUAAUGUAGCCAUUGCUAAUUUAAUGCAAUAGAUAAAGUUUUAACAGUUAUUUAAUCAUAUGCAGACGUUCAAAGACAUGGGAUCGGUGCAUGUGCAUGUUGCAAUUGUUCUGACACAGGGGAAUUAUCUGUUUUGUAAAGUGGUUUGUGCCAACAUGAAUGUAAACACACUGUUACUGUGAUCUGUAGGCAGCCUCAGAGAUUCUUUAAUAAACCUGACAUGAACUAUA